ACUUUAUAAAACCCAUAUACAGAAGAACCCGAUUCUCACAACGCAGUCCACAUUUGAUCCAAAAGAUCGAGAAAGAAUAGAAAGAAAUAGCCAGACUGUUCUGAAAGUGUAAACCCAGAUGGAGAAAGAAGGUCUAGGGCUGGAAAUCACAGAGCUGAGGUUAGGUCUCCCCAGUGGUCCAAGUUUAGGGGACAACAUCAAGGAGAAGAAGAGGGUAUUUUCGGAGAUUAAUGGAGGAGGAGAUGGAAACGGCGCCAACACUACUGGUGACCGUGACGACUACCGGAAAGGCCAAGCAAAGAGUCAAGUUGUGGGGUGGCCUCCGGUGUGUUCAUAUCGGAGGAAGGUUAACAGCUUGAGUGAGACUUCGAAAAUGUACGUGAAAGUCAGCAUGGAUGGUGCGCCUUUUCUUCGUAAACUGGAUUUGGGCAUGCACAGUUGCUAUGCAGAUCUUGUUGUUGCCUUGGAGAAGCUAUUUGGUUGUUUUGGUAUAGGCGAGGUGUUGAAGGAUGCAGACAGCUGCGAGUUUGCACCCAUUUAUGAAGACAAGGAUGGAGAUUGGAUGCUAGUGGGAGACGUCCCUUGGGAGAUGUUUCUUGAAUCCUGCAAGAGGCUGCGGAUCAUGAAGAGAUCGGAUGCCAAGGGAUUUGGAAUUCUGGAGUCCAAGGGCUUCCUCAAGGCAACGAUGAAAGACGAGCCUAAAUAAUUAUCACUUCAGAAAAAAUGAAGUGGAGAUCCAUUAGUGUAACGUACUAUCGUACUACUGCAUUAGGAAUUCCUCGUCUCGACCUAAAACAUCAAUUUUUUCUUCAUACAUUCCUAAUUAGUUAAUUUGUGGUAAUUGUAAGCAGCGAAUUUUAUCGAAUUCAUGCAUAAUGUUUUAAUUCCUGAUGUGAAACUUUGAUAUAUAUUAAGAUUGAUUGGGGACUCU